AUAGAGCCAUUAGAUUGAAUAUUGCACAUGAUAACUCAUAUAUGAAAGGUUGUGGAGAUAACUGUAAAGAUAGGUUAAUAGUUUGUACAGACAGACAUAACUUUAACAACUGUGUGAUGGGGAAGAAGUCGCUUAAAGGGAAUAUUUAUCAAACUGAUGGUGGGUAUGGAUGGAUUGUUGUAGCUUGUACAUUCUUCAUUGGAUUUAUCAUAGAUGGCUUGGCGUAUUCGUUCGGGACAUUGCUGGUGGAGUUGCUGGUGCAAUUCAAACAGGACAGGGCAUCUACUGUUGUUAUCGGUUCAAUCCUGACAGGAGUAAUGUACCUCAUAGGACCAUUAGCCGGAGCCUUGUCUGACAUAUAUGGUUGUCGUAUCAUCGUGUUCUGUGGCGCUGUUAUCAGCAGCGUUGGCUUCGUCAUCAGCUCCUUUGCCACGAGCGUCUUGUAUCUGUACUUCUCGUACGGUCUACUGGGAGGCAUUGGUUUCGGAUUCAUGUUCCUACCAGCAGGUGUCUGCGUCAUUCAGCACUUCACGGAACGUCGGGCUCUUGCCAAUGGUAUUGCCGUAUGCGGUUCAGGUGUUGGAAUGUUUGUAAUGAAUCACCUAUCGAGAUAUAUGCUUGAUCACUAUGGGUGGAGAGGAACUGUUUUAUUGUUCGCAGGAAUUUCACUACAAGGCACCGCACUGGGACUUCUGCUUUUACCACCACUACCGAAAAUGAAAGUUGUCGACCCGAUGCUUUGUGAUACACCGGAGAUAUUUGUUGUUGAGGGAAAACAAUCAAAUAACAAGAGACGGCGAUCCGAAGAUACAGAAUUGAAAGUGUUUAAUAUCAAUGAUACACUAGAUACAAAUGUACAACUAUCUCGCUAUGAAACACAAGUAGACAAAGUUUUUUUUGAUAAAAAGGGGAACAGUGUGAAAAAAGUUCUUGCUCGUGUUUUCAGUAGCAAAUUAUUAACACACGGAGGAUUCUUAUUAUUUUUACUCGCAAAUUUUGCGGUACAUCUUGCUUUUACGAUUCCAUUCAACCUUUUACCAGAUCAAGCUGUAGAAAAUGGUAUGACGAAACAUGAAGCUUCCUGGUUGAUUUCCUCAAUAGGUAUAACCAAUACAAUAAGCCGUAUUAUACUGGGAUGGUUAGCAGACAGGAGUUGCGUCAACCGGAUGGUAAUGUUAGACAUCGUUAUAUUUCUAGCCGGGAUCAUAACAGGGCUGUCACCUCUUCUGACUACAUUUGGAACAAAACUGAUAUACCCAUGUCUUUACGGCAUGAUGAUAGGUGGAUACGUAACAUUAUGCCCAGUUGUUCUUGCUGACCUUUUUGGAACAGAAAUGAUCGCUCAAUCAUUUGGAAUGUGGCUGUUUGCUUGUGGUCUUGCUGGAACCAUUUCAUCGCCUAUCGGAGGUUUGAUAUAUGAUACCACCAAGAAUUAUGACAUCACCUUUGUUAUUGCUGGUGCAGAGUUCCUGAUUGCUGGACUAUUGUUUCUUUGCUCUACAUGUGUCACUCGAAACAAAAAAGUGAAAUGAAUUAUUUUAAAUCCAAAUCUAAAAAUCUAAACGUUCAAUUCAAUUUUAUCAGUAUGAAAUAAAUAUUAAGUUUUGUAGUCAUAUAGUAUGACCAAUUUUUUUUUAUUCAAUUUCAUGUCAAACACAAAUUGAAACCAUGAGAAAUCGCAUUAUUAUUUUUGUUUUUGUUUCGUUUUCUUAAUUGUGCUCUUUAGAAGAGUAUAUUGAAUUAUUAUUAUCAUUAUUAUUAUGUUUGCUUCUUAUGUAUGUUUUGUUUGUUUCUGUUUAAAAUACAUGUUGAGUCUUUCAUUUUUUUGCAUUA